AUGUUUGUUAAAUCUGGUAGUUGUAUAUUAUUACUCCAUACUCCGCCAUUAGCAUCACGAAAUGAAAUUUUUAAAAAAAUGACGUCACAAUCAAAAACAAAUACUUUAUUAAUUGGUCGAUCACCUGAUCCAACUCAAACUUCUGGUUCAUUCAAAUCAUCUUCUCAAACAGAAUUUCCUUUAUUGGAACAAUAUUCUGUUCCUAGAACAGAUAUUAUCCUAAACAUUAUUGAUACAUCAGAUUUAUUUCAACAAACAAAAACUUCAUCACCAUUCCCAGAUAUUGCAACAAUUAUGCAACUAAUCGAUAGUUAUAUUCGUUUGAAAGUAACACAACUUCAUUUUGUUUGUUCUUGUAUACUAUUGGAAACAAAAUUUAAUAUAUAUGAUUUACAUACAGUUCAUAAAUUAUUAUAA